GUUCGACACAUUGGUCGCUUAUUCAUAAAUUUUUUGUUCGUAACUGCAUCUCAUUCACUCUCACUCUCGCUUUUGCUCUAUCUUUCUCUCUAUUUUUCUCUGUCGUACGGUUCUCGUUGAUAUUUUGGUGAUGAUAAUUGACUUCUCCUAGUUGUGCGCUUUUUUCUCGCACACUCUCUCACUGUAGCAUUGUGCUAGUUGAUCUGAGGCUGUGAAAUAAAUUACAUGUGCCUUUUUAGCACGCUGCAUUUUGUGACAACGGGUAGAUUAAUAAUAUUUAUUUAUUUAGCAUUUUUUUUUCGACAUUCAAGCGACACAAUGUACAGUCAAUUCGGAAGUGCAGUUAAAAGAGUGUUCUCAACUGAUAAUAAUGAUUUAGAGAAUAAUAACAUUUUGGAAACGACACAUCAUUCGAAGCCGAUGUUUGAGAAAAUCGAUCCGGAGAAAUAUUUUCGCAUCACGGUAAGAAAAAAAAUCGAAUCACAGUAUUCAGUCCAAUAUCGAUAUAUGUUUUGCAAAAAUCAUAGCUGUGACUCAUUCGGUGCAAAAGGUUAAAAAUGUCAAUCGGAACUCGUUCAAUACAGUUAACUUUGAUGCAAUUUAUGGUCAUUUUUAUUCUAUGGUCAUUUUCACCAACCUUCGUUGGUAUUAUUAGAAAUUGGUUUUUUUUUCUAGUGUUAAAAUCUCUGUAUCGCAUCGUUGACUUAAAUUCCAUUGUCAAUUGCAAUGGGUAUUGUACGUUAGAAUUGUUAUUCAUACCGCCGAUCACACAUUGAAUGGACAACCCUUCUUUUCGAUACCAAAGGUGCACGCACACAUUUACACCGCAUUCGUUCGCACUGACACUUCACCGCCAUAGGAACAAAACAACGGGCAAAGAACAAGAAUCGCACUCACACAUACACACAGCCAGCUCAGCGCUUUGUAGUGAUUUAUUUCAAUAAAAAAAAAAACAUAAGAAAUUCUCUCUUGUUGGAUUAGUGUGACUUACAAUAUAAUUUUUGUGUGUAGAAGGUAUUCACUGUGUCAUUUUUUAUAAACGAAUACGUAGCUCAUACGAAGUGUGUAUAAUGUUAUUUGUUGCAAUUACUUCCAUCAAAACGUCGACGUCAUCUUCAUAGUAUUAUUAACACUUGUAAAGAUCUGUCUCAUACAAAACAUCCGGACAGAAAUCGAAAAGCCCCAAAGAAAUUGUGUCUUUCUUUUUUUUUCCUCUUUCACUCAUUCUCGCUAUUUAUUUUGCAUUCAUUCGACAAAUGAUAUCGGUAUCGCGCGACGGCAAACAUACCGGAUAGGAAUUUUUAAGCAAUUCAUUUCAGUUUUUAAUCGUUGUUUUCUUUGUUGUGUAUUUGUUCUGUGAGUGCGUGAAACAAGUUAGUCAUACAAAAUUUUGAUAACAAAAAUCUUAUCGAAAAAAUAAAUUCAUAAUCUAUUGGUGUUGGGUGUGAGUGUGUGUGCACUGGGAAAAAGUGAUUUUAGAUAGUAAAAAAAAGGUCGAACAAGAAAACACCGCAACAAUGAUGGACAGUGCUGACGAAACAACAAAUGGUAGCCCAUUGCAUGGUGGUGGUGGUGGUGGUGACGGUGGCGAUGAGAACGGUGAUAAUGGUGACAGUGUAGCAAGUGUAUCGGAUGCAGGCUCUGGAACGCCACCGCUACAAAUAUCGUCACAGGUCAAACAACAAGGUUCCGUCGAUGGUGACAAUAAUGCCACAAACAAUACGGCAACAACACCCACUACUUCCAUUCCAUUAGCUGAAAAUACAUUGUUAGUUGAUAUAUCGGAUGCGCUUAGCGAAAAAGAUAAGGUUAAAUUCACCGUACAUACACGCACCACAUUUCCAACAUACGCCAAACAAGACUUUUUCGUUGUGCGCCAACACGAGGAAUUCAUUUGGCUACACGAUCGAUAUGAAGAGAAUGAAGAGUAUGCUGGUUACAUCAUUCCACCGUGUCCGCCUCGACCGGACUUUGAUGCAUCACGUGAAAAAUUGCAACGCCUUGGCGAGGGUGAGGGCAAUAUGACUAAGGAAGAGUUCAAGAAAAUGAAACAAGAGCUUGAAGCAGAAUAUUUGGCAACGUUCAAGAAAACUGUAGCAAUGCAUGAGGUGUUUCUGUCGCGACUGGCUUCCCAUCCCGUAUUUCGCAUUGACCAACACUUGAAAGUAUUCUUGGAGUAUGACCAGGAUUUGUGUGCAAAACCACGCAAGAAAAUCGACCUCUUCGGCGGAUUGGUACGAAGUUUGGGCAAAACCACCGAUGAAAUUUACUUGGGUGCAACUGUUCGUGAUGUGAACGAUUUCUUUGAAAACGAAUACACUUACUUGACCGAAUUGAAUGCACACUUGAAAGAAGCCGCCACACGUACCGAACGCAUGACCAAAAAACACAAGGAAGUCGCUGAUACACAUAUCAAAAUUUCCUCGAAUUUAGUGCAGUUGUCCACACAUCAUGGCAGUAACAUGGAGAAAUUUCUCGCAAAAAGUGCGGAAGUUUUUGAAAAGAUUCGUAAUAUGGAAGGACGUGUGUCGAGUGACCAAGAUUUGAAGCUGGGAGAUACACUGAGAUACUACCAACGCGAUAGCAAUGCAGCCAAAGCGUUGUUGGUGCGUCGUCUACGCUGCCUUGCUGCCUAUGAAACGGCAAACCGGAAUUUGGAGAAGGCUCGUUCCAAAAAUAAGGACGUUCAUGCGCCUUUGGAAGUACAAGAGGCCGAACAAGCUCAAACUGAUGCAUGUGAAAAGUUUGAGGCGAUGUCAGCUCGUGGCAAACAAGAAUUAACAAGUUUCCGUGCCCGUCGUGUGGCUGCCUUCAAGAAAUCCCUCAUCGAAUUGGCCGAACUCGAGGUUAAACAUGCUAAAUCUCAAUACGAAUUUUUGCGACAAUCGGUACUCGCUUUGCGUGAACUCGCCUAAAUAAUGAUACAGAUGCAAACAAAAGAAAAAUCUAUCUAUAUAUACUAUAUAAAUGUGUAUCGGGAAUUGGUUUCGCCGUUGCAUGGCGUGCGUAGAGAGAAUCGAUACCAAAAUUAGACAUUCAAACUUUGAUAUAUUUGUAUGGAUGUACGUGAUUCCAAAAAAAAAAACAAUACUUUUAUAAAAGCAUUAAUGCACACAAAAUAAAUGUAUAUUCGUUGAAUAAGCUGACUGAGGAGGAUGCAAGUUAAAUGUUGAGUGUCAAACAACCAGAAGAAAAUGGAUGAAAAAAGAAGAAGUUAAAAAAACUAACAACAGAACCAACUAGAGAAUUCAUUUUUAAAUAUUUACGAGUAAUUUUUAGAAUUGGAUUGUGCUUCAAAAUUGUGUAUUUGGAAUCCAGAUAUUCAGCCUAGUAAAAGAUACUACGAUAUUGCGAUAAAUAUUUCAAUAGAGUUUAUAAAUGCAUUUUUCGAAGAUUUCAAUCCAUUUACAAUAAAAAAAGAUACAAUUUAUUACAUCAGCGAAA